AUGACAACAGUAACGACGACAGUAACGGCAGCAACGGCAAUCAGCAAUCUUAACAUUUUGGAUGAUAUAACUGUAUCAAGCUCAUUUGAUAAAGCAGCGACUGUUGCAAUUAUUUGCUUAUUAAUUGGCAUGAUAAUUGUUGCAACAUUAGUUGGUAAUUCAUUAGUAAUUAUGGCCGUCUUACUGGUGCGAAAGUUGAAGAUCCAGCCAGCAAACUAUUUGUUUGUUUCAAUGGCAGUUGCCGACUUCUGUGUCGGCUUAUUUGUAAUGCCCAUUGCAUUAAUCGAUUUGCUUACUGAUCGCUGGAUUCUUGGUGAAGUGGCGUGCAGAUUUUGGACAUCAGCAGAUUUAACUUUAUGUACAGCUUCUAUAGUAAAUUUGUGCAUGAUAAGUGUCGACCGCUAUUGCGCUGUUAGUCAACCGUUACGCUAUGCCGCUCAGCGUACUCGUCAGCGAAUAUUCUGUUACGUUAUUAUCGUAUGGAUUUUAUCACUUAUUGUCAGCAUAUCACCACUUGUUAUUUGGCCAGCAAAAAAUACUGAAGGGAAAUGUCAAGUCAUUCAAAAUCCAGUUUAUCAAAUCUAUGCUACGAUAAUUGCAUUUUAUGGUCCAACAUGUAUUAUGGUAAUAUUAUAUGCAAAAAUGUGGUUGGCUGCUAAACGACUAUCUGAACGUGAUCGUCUUUUAAUAGUUGGAACAAAUCGAAGUGUUAAUGGCACCAUCCUUGCCAAGCCACAUAGUCCAGCUAGCCUAAAUGAGCCGUCAAGUCGGAGUAAUAAUAAUAAUAAUGAGAAUAAUAAUAAUAGUACUGAUAAUAAUAAUAAUAAUAAUAAUAAUAAUAAUAAUAAUAAUAAUAAUAAUAAUAAUAAUAACAAUAGUCGUCUUCAUCAUCACCAUCAUUAUCAUUAUCGUCAACAGCACCAUCAUCAUCGUCCCCCAGCCAUUUUACAAAAAAUACCAAUGGUGCACAUAAAUAAAUUUCAUGAAAAAAGUGAAGGAAAGGCACGUAAGACGCUCGGUAUAAUGAUGAGUGUCUUUGUGAUAUGUUGGCUACCAUUCUUUCUAUUGGCACUCUUGAAAUCCCAGGGAUUCCUGCCGCCAAAUUGGUUGGAUCAUCUAGCACUUUGGCUUGGUUAUUCGAACAGCCUAAUGAAUCCGCUGAUUUAUUGCAAACAUAAUCGUGAGUUUCGCAUACCCAUUCGCGAAAUGCUGUGUUGUCGUUUUCGUACCUUGCAUUCUGUAAUGCGGAAAGAAAGUUUUACGAGUAAAUAUGGCCCUUCACGGUAA